UCUUCUUGUAUAUUUGAUCUGGUCAUAUACUUGAAUUGGGUUUCUGGAACUUGCUCUGCAAAUAUCUGAUUCAUUUAAUAACUUUCUGGAUGGUUUGAUUUUUGAACCUUUGAAUUGAAUUCUCUGUUCCCAAAGUUUCUCUCUCUGUGAAUCUUAUUGAUUUUGGACCAAUCUAAACUCUUAAUCUGCAUUUUUUUUGUCCUUUUGGAGAAAAAGGUUGUGACUCCUGAUAUAAUCUCUAUUGCCACAUCUUGUCUUCCUCUUGCUUGAGUUGUAAGCAGGCUAAUUGGACACCUAUCUGCUGUUUCUUCAGGGAAAAACGCAAGAACAGUCACUUGUUUUGUGAUUCCACCCGUCUUUGAGAGUUGAUUUCAGUUAGAAGUAGACGAUGUCUUUAGUUAGGUCCCAAGAUCAAUAUGCCAGAUCAUAUGCAAAUUCCAAUCUCUACACCCUUAAUGGAAGCAAUAACAACUCCAUUGUAUCAACUCCGAUAUUUGACUCGGAUGAGCAUAAGAUCAUGUAUGCAACUGAUUCUUGUAGCAGCGAGAGUUGUGAUCCAAAGUACUUCCUUGACUCCCCAACGGAAGAAUUUAUAGGGUCAUCUGGCCCUAUUGACUCAAUGAACCGAUUUCACCCACAAGGUGUGUCUUCUUACCAUCAUACUGCUGGUCCUAGGCCCUCCAUGAUUGUGAAGAAUCCAUUUGACUCCUUUAUGGCCAUUAGACGUCAGAAUGGUUAUCAUCCCAAUUUUGAGUCAGAAUACUUUGACAGUCAGAGUCCGGAUAUAAUAGGCUAUGAUGAGGAUAGGAUGAGACUAAAGCUUCAAGAAUUGGAGAGAGCACUUCUUGAUGAUAAGGGUGAUCGUGGGGAUGGUGAUGUUUGUGGCCUUGAUCCAGGCAUGGAGAUUGAUGGUGAAUGGGCCGAUCCAAUAUCUUGUGCACUGCUCCACGACUCACCCAAGGAAUCUUGCUCCUCGGAUUCUAAUUUUAGCAGUAUCAGCAGCAAUAAAGAGAUAUCACUGACAUCCCCACCUGGGACUCCAAAGCAGCUGCUUUUUAAUUGCGCAUCAAUGAUUUCUGAAGGCAAUAUUGCUGAAGCAUCAACCAUGAUAGACGAUCUUCGGCAAAGGGUCUCAAUCCAAGGAGAACCUUCCCAGAGAAUUGCAGCUUACAUGGUGGAAGCUCUUGCAGCUCGUGUGGCUACCUCCGGCAAAGGUCUUUAUAAAGCACUUAAAUGCAAAGAGCCCCCUUCAAACGAUCGAUUAUCAGCUAUGCAGGUCCUUUUUGAGGUGUGCCCAUGUUUUAGGUUUGGAUUUAUGGCUGCAAAUGGUGCGCUUAUAGAGGCAUUUAAAGAUGAAAAGAAGGUUCAUAUAAUAGAUUUUGACAUAAACCAGGGGAGUCAGUACAUAACGUUAAUACAAACUCUUGCCCGUCAACCUGGUAAGCCACCGCACUUGAGGUUAACUGGGGUUGAUGAUCCAGAAUCUGUUCAACGUUCCAUUGGGGGCCUGAAGAUCAUUGGACAAAGGCUCAAGCAACUGGCUGAACAACUUAAAGUGCCAUUUGAGUUCCAAGCAGUUGCGUCAAGGACUGCAUUGGUGAGUCCAGCAAUGCUGGAGUGCCAGGCUGGCGAAGCUCUGGUAGUGAACUUUGCUUUCCAGCUUCACCACAUGCCUGAUGAGAGUGUUUCAACUGUCAACGAGCGAGACCAGCUUCUGCGGAUGAUCAAGAGCAUGAACCCCAAGCUCGUUACUGUUGUCGAACAAGACAUGAACACCAACACAGCACCAUUUCUAGCCAGGUUUGUGGAAGCUUACAAUUACUAUUCAGCGGUGUUUGAUUCCCUUGAUGCAACCCUUCCCAGGGACAGCCAAGACAGGUUGAACGUAGAAAAGCAGUGUCUAGCACGGGACAUAGUUAACAUCGUUGCGUGCGAGGGAGAGGAAAGAAUAGAGCGGUACGAAGUUGCGGGGAAGUGGAGGGCGCGGAUGAUGAUGGCAGGGUUCACGGCGUGCCCGAUGAGCCCAAAGGUGAACGAAGCAAUCAAGAAGCUUAUAAAGGAGUACAGUGAGAGGUUCAAGGUGGAGGAUGUGAAGGGUGCCCUCCAUUUUGGAUGGGAAGAUAAAGUGCUGAUUGUUGCUUCAGCUUGGAGGUGAUGGGUGAUGGGUGAUGGGUCCGAUGGGUAUAUUACCAUUGUUCCAAUGUAGCUAUGCUCCUCUAUACUCAUCCUCAAAAUGUUUUGAAUCAUACUGGGUUACUUUGUAUUAGCUUCUUCAAGUUAGUAGGAGACACUGGAAAACAAACCCUUUAAUUUUGUGUAAGAAUGUUAAGGUUUUGCAAGAAUUAGGGCUGCACAGUUGUAACAUAACCCCUUACCCCUAUCUUUCUCCUCCUCUUUGUAUUAAUUUGUUUUGUUUUGUUUUA